UCCAGCAGUUGUUGUGAGUAUGGAGUGGCGACAUUUUGUCGGUUGUGGAAACUUUUAGCAGACAAACCACACAAGAUGCUCUGGCAUUUAUGUUCAUGGAGGAUAUCAUCGAUGAAGUCGAGUUUUCGUUGCUUUUCGAAACGGUGAACAAGAAAAAUCCGUGCUUUCCCUACUGGUCAUACGAUCGCUUUGACUUGACUCGCGUCACGGACGAAGAAUGUAAGGCUGAAUUUCGUUUUGGACUGCCCCUGUUGGCAAAAGUUCUGGCCAUUCCUGAUACAUUUAUAUGUAGAAAUGGGAUUGUGGCAACUGGCAUGGAAGGUUUGUGCAUUCUUUUGCGAAGAUUUGCGUACCCUUGCAGAUUGAGCGAUUUAAUUUCAAGGUUUGGGAGAUCUGUACCUGAACUAAGCGAAAUUAUCUCGGAAGUUUCAAGCCACAUCUUUGAUAACUAUGGGUAUCUUUUACGAAGCUUGAACCAGCCCUGGCUGCAGCCCGAUUGUUUGCAGAACUUUGCAGAUGCAGUUUCCGGUAGAGGAUCUGCGUUGUCUAAUUGUUGGGGGUUCGUGGAUGGCACAGUUCGACCAAUUGCCAGACCAGGAGAACACCAGAGAGUGCUAUACAAUGGGCAUAAAAGGGUGCACGCCUUAAAAUUCCAGUCAGUUGUUGCACCUAAUGGGAUGAUAGCUAACCUCUAUGGACCAGUUGAAGGACAACGGCAUGAUGCAGGAAUGCUGCACAUGUCAGGCCUGCUGACAGAACUGAACCAUUAUGCAUAUUCACCAACAGGACAACCAUUGUGCAUCUAUGGUGAUCCGGCAUAUCCUCUCAGACUUCAUCUCCAGGCACCAUACCGUAAUUCCCAUUUAACAGCAGAACAACAAAGUUUCAAUUCUUCAAUGAGCACUACCAGAGCAGCAGUUGAGUGGGUUUUUGGUGACAUUUCAACUUAUUUUGCAUUACUCGACUUUAAGAAAAAUCUUAAAAUAGGUCUAAGCCCAGUUGGGAAAUUGUAUUCUAUUAGUGCCCUGUUAAGAAAUGCUUUAACUUGUCUGUGUGGCAAUACGACAAGCACAUUUUUUAAUUUAGAUCCACCAACCAUUGAGGAAUACUUUCAAUAUUAA